GGAAGCCCGGGGAGCAGUGAAAACAGAACGGAAAAAACAUGAAGAGCUAACAAAUAAACAUGUAAAUGCAAAUAGUGGAGUUUAUGGGUUUUCUUGGCCUGACUGAUCGAAGAUUCCUUGUGCCCACAUUAUACGCCAUUUCCUUUUCCCAGAUGACGUUUAUUCUGUACAUAUCCAAAUAAGGUUGCAAAUCAAGACACAGAAAAGUUAAAUGGAACAGUCAUUCAUGGCCUGCUGAUUGCUAGGUCUUGGAAGCUUCCUGACCCACUUCAAUUACUAGUUUUUACAGAGCCCGUUUACCCCAUUUCUCCAUGAUUGUUGAACAGAUACAUUUUCAUAUGCAAACAUUGGAAUAGCAAUUCAAAGGAGGCCCACAUUACUGUGCCAUCGCUAAUGGUUGAAAAGCCAUGAUUGGGGUUUUGUAUGUGCACCAACGGAAGGGACAUUGAUGAUGAGGCUGAUUUGGGUCAUCUGAAUUUGAUAUUUGGAUUGUUUGGACCAAUGGGUUUUGGCUCUGCUUAGGGAUAUUCCAUGUCAUAGUUGAAUAAGAUUCACAAAUUGGUAGAAUGGAGUCUAGCCAGAUUACAAAUAGGGGUCAUAGUUGUUAUGCAUGUUUGUGUGUUGGGAUUGCCCUUUCUCUGGUCAGGUUGCUUUCUGGUUGAAUAAUCAGGGCUCUAUUAAGGCUACCCAAAUGAGAUAAAUCUUGCAAAAAUCAGUCUUAUCUAAAUCAUAAGAGAGUUUGAAAGAAAAUGGUAAAUGUUUACCAAUAUUGCAGUUAACUGCCUUCCAUCUGUUAACUAAGCAAUGGUAUCUGGAUAUUGACACUGAAAGUUUUUUGUGUUCAACAAAGCAUAUAGUAGUAGCUGAGUGAAAAUAGAUAAGUUUGAGGGCAUAGAUGAUGGAGAGCAGAGCAUUUUGGGUGAUGGAGAGCAGAGUAUUUUUCUGGAUUGUUUUCUUGUUUCUCUGGGGGUCGCCUUGGGUUGGAAGAGUUCAAGCUCUUACACAGGAGGCUCAAAUUUUACUGCGAAUGAAGAGAACAUUGGUGGACCCCUACAAUGCACUGAACAAUUGGAAAGCCUCCAUUGAUGCACCGUGCAAUUGGGACGGAAUUACCUGCGACAAUACUACAGGUAUGGUCUCUGAGAUCAAACUUGGAAACAAAUUUCUUAAUGGUCCUCUUUACUCAGAUAUUUGCCUUCUGCAAAAUUUGAAAAAUCUUGAUUUGGGGUACAAUAAGCUGUAUGGGGAUGUGUCCUCUGUUAUCAUGAACUGCGUCAAGCUUCAGUCUCUGAACCUUAGUCAUAAUUUACUAUCGGGAAGUUUACCAGAUUUUUCUCAGUUGAAAUUUCUGCAACUUCUCGACUUGACGUAUAAUAACUUCACAGGUAAGUUUCCUGCUUCUGUAGGAAAUUUACCAGAGCUGACAUCCCUCAACCUUGCUGAAAAUCCAUUCAAUCCUGGAAAAAUACCUCAUCAACUCAUGAACUUGAAGAAGCUUAAGGAGCUCUACUUGGCUAAUUGCAAUUUGGUAGGAGAAAUCCCAAGUUUUAUCUUUAAUUUCACAGAUCUGGGCCUUCUGGAUCUCUGUAAAAACCACUUGCAUGGAUCUAUGUCAAAAGACAUAUCCAAACUGAGUAACCUUUACCAACUAGAGCUGUAUGAAAACAAUCUUAGCGGGAUUAUACCCCCUGAAAUAGGCAAUCUUACUUUGCUAAGAAACUUUGAUUUAUCAAGAAACAUGUUGAGAGGAAGUAUUCCACAAGAGUUUGGUAAUUUGAGAAACAUGGUUUCCCUUCAGCUUUUAAUGAACCAGCUAUCAGGCGAACUCCCCGAAAGCCUUGGCGAGUUUGCACAUCUUGAAGGCUUGUCACUGUAUCAGAACCAUUUCAACGGCCACCUGCCACAGAAGCUUGGGAGUCUAUCCAAGUUGCAAAUGAUUGACGUAUCAGAGAACCAGUUCACUGGCCCUCUGCCGACAGAUCUGUGCAAAGGAGGCAGCCUGCAAUUACUUCUUGUCCUUAAUAACUCUUUUACAGGAGAUCUGCCCGAGUCUUAUGGGGAUUGCAAAAGUUUGUUACGUUUCAGAGUCAAUAUCAACAAUCUGACGGGUAAGGUACCCAAAGGAAUUUGGGGAUUGCCUUCUGUCAACAUUAUUGAUCUAAGUUUCAAUGGCUUUGUUGGCGAAAUUGGUUCAGAGAUCAGCAAUGCAAAGAAUUUAUCACAGCUUUAUAUUAACAAUAAUCAUUUCUCUGGGACCUUGGUGCCAGAGAUUGGAAUGGCUCCGGUAUUGACAAGACUAUAUGCCCAAAAUAAUCAGUUUACUGGUUCAAUACCAAAGGAAAUUGGCCGUUCGGUACAUCUAAAUGAACUGUAUUUGCAAGAAAAUGAGUUUGAGGGGUCCAUUCCAGCUGAAAUUGGUUCAUGCAUUUCUUUGGUUGUUAUCAACCUUGCCGAAAAUCAUUUGGAAGGAUUGAUUCCAGAGUCUUUGGCAUCCAUUGAAGGUCUGAAUUUUCUUAACCUUUCAAACAACAAGCUCUCUGGAUUGAUUCCAAAACGUUUCAGUAUGUUGAAGCUAAGCCUUAUUGAUUUCUCCAAUAACAAUUUAAUUGGCCCCGUUCCAAAUUCCCUUGUCAGCAGUACAAGUAAUAAAAGCUUCUCGGGAAAUCCAGGGCUAUGUGCUGAAAGCUCUAGCAUCAAUAUUCAGGUACUUGAGACUUGUAAAGAUUCCCAUCUUAGGAAACAAUCCCAAAAAGUGAUAUUUAUCACCGGCUUCAUUGCUGGAUUAGCAAUUUUACUCCUGGCAAUUGGGUUCAUGCUUCUUUGGCAAAAAUACCAUCAAAUUCAAGAUGAAUCGAUGGAGAAUGGGGAAAAUUCAUCUUGGAGACUAAAGUCUUUUCAAGAUAUAAGUUUCACUGAGAGGGAUAUUUCUGAAGCCUUGGUAGAUGAUGAUAAUAUCAUUGGAAGUGGAGGAUCAGGCAAGGUGUAUCGAGUAGAUUUGAAGAACAAUGUACCUGUUGCAGUAAAGAAACUUUGGCCAAUAGACAUGAACAAUAGUAAGAAAAAUGCUCAAAACAAAUUGGUGAAAGCAGAAAUGGAUACUUUGGGAAUGAUUCGACACAAAAAUAUUGUGAAGCUCUAUUGUUGUUUAUCAAAUGGCAAUUCAAAUCUUUUGGUCUAUGAAUACAUGAAGAAUGGAAAUCUGUUUGAUGCUUUGCAUAAAAGUGAUAAAGACAAUGCUUCAAAGGGAGGUGAUGUGUACCUGGAUUGGCCAACACGAUACAAGAUUGCAGUGGGAGCAGCUCAUGGAUUAGCAUAUCUUCAUCAUGAUUGCUCGCCUGCAAUUAUUCACAGAGACAUAAAAUCUACCAAUAUUUUGCUGGAUGAGUUACAUGAGGCAAAGCUUGCAGAUUUUGGUAUUGCAAAAUUUCUUCAAGUUGGCAGAGGAAAGGAUUCUACUACAGCUUUUGCUGGCACCCAUGGUUACAUUGCUCCUGAAUAUGCAUACUCUUUAAAGGUCACCGAGAGGAGUGAUAUUUAUAGCUUCGGUGUGGUUUUGCUGGAGCUUGUUACUGGAAAAAAACCAACUGAGCCAGAAUUUGGUGAGAACAAGGAUAUUGUUUACUGGGUUUCACGCAAUAUAUGUACACAAGAAGGAGUUUUUAAGGUGCUUGAUUCAAGGAUUUCCAAAUCAUAUCAGGAAGAAAUGAUCCAGGUCUUGAAAAUUGCUGUGCAUUGUACCUACAAGCUCCCGGCACUACGGCCCAGCAUGAGAGAAGUUGUAAAUAUGUUGCUGGAUGCUGAUCCUUGCAGCGGUAACUUCAAGUCACAGCAGAAGGAAAAGGUUUUGAAAUUAAAACCCUGUGUUAUUGAUAUGCCUGAAAGAAAAAACUCUGUGCGUGAACAUUGAAGAAAAUAUCAUCUUUCAUGGAGGUUUUGCCGUGGCUUCCAGAUUGGUUUUGACAAGGACAACAUUUAUCUUUUCUGUUAACUCCUGGUACAGUAUGUUUUCAGAGCUAGGAAAGCCACAAGCACAUAUACAUUUGCUCUGGAGAGCUUAAUAGAUCUGUCAAAAAGCUCUUCAGUUAUAUUGUCAUGAUUAGGCCAAGAAGGUGAUUUAGCUUGAUCUAUCAAAAGAAAGUCAUGAACCAAGAUCUCUGAAAGGCCAUUUUUUAGGGUUUUCUUUGCUACCAGAGGGUUAUCGAAUUAUGGUAAUCUCUGAUGGCAUGGUCCUUGUUGGUCACAUGUUACAGCUGGGUCACAAUUGGCGACUCUCCAGUAAAUCUGAUACCAAUAAUUUUAAGCUUUUUACCAUAGAAAAAAAGUUCCAGAUGCUGUUUGCAACAAAUACAGAGUCAGGAACUUUGAACUUCAGUUCCUUAAUAGGCUGUUUACUUUCUAGUAUGAUAAGGAGGCCCAAAUGUAAAAUGAUUUGCUGUUUACUUCCUGUUCUAAUAAUUCCAACCAAAUGUUAAAAACC